AUGAGCAGAAAAUCAAAUAGAACAGAAAUUAAACCACCAACAACAAUAACAAGAAGUCACAUUGGAAUAAAUCCUAAAACUGGAGAAAUAGAAUUUGAAAAUUUACCUGCUACCUGGGUAGCUUUCUUUAAAAAAGCCGGGAUUAAAAAGAAAGAUUUAUCAGAUAAAGAAACAAGAGAUAAAGUAUUCAAAUUAAUGGCAAGUUCUCAUAUAGUAAAUGACAUGCAAAAAGAAGUAAACAAUAAUCCAAAUACUGCACGUGCUUUAAGAAAUUCAGUCCGUCAACAAAAAAAGAUUCCUGAAGGUAUGACAUUAACUCCAAUUACUCCUGGAUUUAUUCAACAACAAAAACAAAAAGAAGUAGACAGAACUCUUAAUCAAUGUACUUCUGGAAAUUCAUCUUCAAAGAAAGAAAUUAAAGGUCAGUCUAAACCUCUUACUAAACAAGACUAUUCAAAACAAUCUCAACCAAUACAAAAACAUGUUUCAUAUGAAACUGGAAAGAAAAAAACUGAGUCUAAACAAGCUACUUCUACUACACCAAUUAGGGGAAAAGUUACUAUUCCAAAAGCAUUUUGCGAAGAACAACAACAAGAAAAACCAUUAACAUUUUAUGAAAAAAUGAAACUUAAAGAAAAAGAAAAACCUAAAACUAGUAAUACUAUAAACAAUUCUACUCUUGUUAAACAAAAACAAGUAGAACAAAAAAAAUUUGAUCCCAAUCCUAAACCUACAUCUGCUCAUACCUACUCUUCUUACCAUACUUCUCAUUCAACUCAACCUAUAUCUUAUAGCACUUCUCAUAAUGUAAAAGAAACAACUAAACCUCGUACUGUAACUAGAAGGGAAAAUAGUCUAGAACUUAACACUUCUACUACUCAACACAAAGACGAUAAAAUUAAUCAUACCUCUUCUUCGACUAGAACAUAUAAACAACCCUCAUUUACUAAACCAAAAAUAACACCUUCACAACCAAAUACCUCCUCUUCUAAGUCUCAAGUUAGUUCAUCAAAUCCUAUCAAGUCUGAACCAAAACAAAGUAAUGAAGUUGAUAUGGGUAAAGUUUUUGCUGAUCAAAGAAGCCAACUAAAAAAAACAAAUCCACAAAAACAAACACCUUCUGUCACUAAGUCUGCUGCUAAACCUAUAACUCCUACACAUUUUACUCCUGGUAACCAGUCUUCUAGUCCUAAAAUAACUACAAAAACAUAUACUCCUUAUUCUUCUUCUAUAGUACCAAAACCAGUAAGUUCAACAAAUUCUAUUCAACCACCCACUAAAUCUUCUUCGUAUAAAACUAGUUAUGGUUCAGAUACAAAUUCUUCUCCAAGAACUAAAUCUAGUACAGACUCUCCUUAUUCAUCUCAAACAAAUGAACAAAAGAAAGAAGAGCCAAAACCAGUAAUAAAGAAAGAAGAGCCAAAACCAGUAAUAAAGAAAGAAGAGCCAAAAACAAUUAUUAAAAAAGAAGAACCAAAACCAGUAGUAAAGAAAGAAGAACUAAAAUCUGAAAUUACAGAAGAAGUUCAUACAAUUCCAUUACCUCCAUCAAAUGUUCCUAGUUUUGUUCCACCACCACCACCUCUUUCAGAAGAUGCUUAUACGACAGAGACAAAAUCUCCGAAUUCUGCUCCAAAUGUAUCAUUUACAGAUUUGAUAUUUGCACAAAGCAAUAAUUUGAAACCAACAGAAAUAGAAGAACGACAAAAAGAAGAAGAUGAGGUUAUUACUGCUCUUCGUAAUAUUUUAUCAGAUAGAAGAAAGGAUAUGAACAUGGAAGAUAAUGAAGAUGAUAGUGGUGAUGAUUGGAGUGAUGAUUGGUAA